AUGCCUGACACAAAAUAUGAAAAUUUACUUCAAUAUGAUUUAAAAAUAUAUAGAAAUGAUAUAUUAGAAAAAGAAAAAAAAAAAAAUGAUUUAAGAAAUAUUUUAUUUUUUCCAUCUUUAUUUUGGUUUAAUGGGCAAUUUUGUCCACCCAUUCCUGUUGUAAAAUAUUAUAGCAAUUUGUGUGCUUUCAAAGUAAAAGAUUAUGUGACAUGCUCAAUACAUAAAUUUAGUGUAAUUAUAAGAAGAAUUGUAAAGAAUGAAAUAGUACAUGUUAAUAUGUUUAAUGAGAAGAAAGUUUUGUCAUGUGUUUUUUAUAUAAAUAUUGAUUAUAUAUUAAAAUUAUCUAAUAUUAUAAACAAAUAUAUGCUAUUGGAUUUUGUACCUUUAACUACUUGUUUAGUUGAAAAAGAAAAUGAACUUAUAAAAUAUACUUAUAAAAAAAAUAUUUCCUUAUCGUAUAAAUUAUUUUGUUAUAAUGAAAAAAAUGAAAUUCAUUUGUUUGAUGUCGAAAAAAAUAAAUCGCUUUUAAGCUUUAGUGAAAAAAACCAAAUUACUUGCUUAACAUUUAAUUUUUUAUAUAUAAGUAAAAAAAAUAGUUUAUAUAAUAAAUUAUUCAACGAUAUAUAUGAUGAAAAUAAAAUAAAAAUCGUGGACAUAGAUAAUAUUGAUAAACAAAUUGUAACAAAGAAUAUGUACUGUUUUGAAUUAUCACAAGAUAAAAUAAAUAAUACUUAUAACACUUGUAAAGAUAAUGAGAAACAUUUAAAAAUAUUCAAAAAUCUUUUUUAUCUAUUAAUUUAUGGAGAUGAUCAAGGAAAUGUCUAUUUUUUUGUUCCUCAAAAAAAUGUGAAAAUCAAAAAAAAAUUAAGAAAUGAAAAAAUUAAUCUUAUAGAAACAAAUGUUAAAGAAUAUUUUAAAGUACAAAAUAUAAAUGAUUUAUAUCAUAAUAUUAAGAAUAAUCAUUAUAUUUUUGUAGCUUAUAAGGAAUGUAUCCAAGUUGUCCAAUUUUAUUUUUUUGAAAUUUAUUUUGUUAUCAAUUUUGUUCAUGAAAAAUUAUAUUCCAUGACAACCAAAUUUAAUAACUUAGGACAAAAUUAUUUAUCAUUUUCUACCAAAAAUUAUGUAAAAAUAUAUAAUAUUAAUGAAAUGAAAGAAAUUAAUUGUAUAAAUAAUAAUAUAAUACAAAAACGUGACGAAAACAAUGAAAAGGAAAAUAUCAUUUUACAUGAAAUAGAUAAAUCUAGUGAAAAUCAAGAAGUAGAAGAAGACCAAGAAGAAGAAAAAAAAAAAAAAAAACAUUGUUUAAUUGCCUGCCCUGUUCAGAAAUUACAUGAACAGACAGGUGAAAAAAAUAUAAAUGAAAAUUAUAAGGAGAUAAUAUGUGAUGAUAUGGAAUAUAAAAAAUAUGAGAAUAAUGAGAAUAUGGAAGAACAAAAUAAGGAUGAUAGUUUGAUUUAUACAUCAAAUAAAAAUCAUAAAAAUGAUAAUAACAAAAACAUUUCGGAUAAAAAAGAUUUGAAAUAUUACACAUGUAUCCAUUUUGAUUCAGCCGACAAUAUUUAUAUAUCCAGUGAUAAAGGUAUUAUAAAUGUGUACAACUUAAAUGAAAAAAGGAUUAUUAAAUCUUUCCAUAUUAAUUGUAAAAUAAUUUUUUAUUUAUUUUUUUUUAUAUUAAAUAAUAAAGAGUAUAUAUAUAUAUAUGAUUCAGAAAAAUUUUAUUGUUUAUAUGUAAUAGAUGAGAAGAAGAAUGUUUAUAAAAUAUUUACUUUAAGUUUAUGGAUAUAUCACAUAAUUUGUUUUGAUAAUAACAUAAUUUUUUCUCUAGGAAAUGAAAAUAUAUAUAAUUUACAGUUAAAAAAAUAUAAUAAUAAUAAAAUAUUAAAUUCGAUAUAUUCAAAUAAUAUUAACAUUUGUAUAUUUUUAAUUAAUCAUCCUCAAUUACCAAUUAUAGCUUUUAUUAAUAAAAAGUCGGUAUUUGGAUUUUUCUAUUUAACUAAGGUUCAAAAAAAGAGACCAAAUCAGGAAAAAAAUAUAAUCAUUCCGAAUAUAAGGGAAAAUCAACAUAUAAUAUCUAUAUGUUGGUUUGGAAAGCCAAAAAAUAUUAUAAAAAAUAAAGAUAUUUUAUUUGACUAUGAUAAUGUAAAUGAUAUUAUUGAAAAGACAAAUAAUUCAAAUGAUGUCCAAGCGAAUUCGCAUUGUGUAUAUGAAUCCGUAUCUUUAAAUAAUAACCAUAUAGAUAUAAUAGAAAACAAUGUAACAAAAGAAAAUAAAAAAAAAAAGAGAAAAAAAAUGAAUAUGAUGAAAAUGGAAGGUUUAAAAAGUGAUAUGAAUAAUAAUAUAUAUCCCAAUACAUUUGAUACAUAUCUUGUAAUAUUAAAUGAAAAAGGUUUGUAUUUAUAUAAUAUUAUAACUAAUGAAAUAUUAAAAUUGAAUAAUGAUUUGUUAAAUAAUUUGUAUGAAUUUAAAGGAAAGAAAUAUAUGGCAUCUACUAUAUUUAAUAACGAAAUUUAUGUUUUUAUUUUAUAUGAGAAGAAAUUAUUAUUUUUUAAUCACAAUAUGGAAUUUGAUAGUUAUGAUAUAAACUUGAAUGAGAAAAUAAAUAAAAUGUAUUUAAAAGACAAUAUUUUAUUUUUACUUUCUAAUAGUAAUAUAUAUUUCAUUUUUAUAGAAUAUUUAUUAAUAAAUCUUCUUAAUAAAAAAUUCAAUGUUUUAAAAAAUUGUAUACAUGAUAUAAAAGAUGAUACAAAUGGUGUUAUAGUAAAUAGUAAUCUGAGUAAUAACAUAAAUAGUGAUAUUAUUCAUGCAGAUAAUCAUAUUGAGAAGUUAGAGUACCAAGAAAAAGAGAAUGAAAAAAAAUAUGUGUCUCAAGGUCAUGAAUUAUAUAUCACAAAAUUAAAAUUCCCUCAAAAUUUUAAAAUACUUCUUUUUGAUUUUUAUUAUAUGACGAAUGGUGAAUUAUACAUAGCAAUAUUUUCAAAAAAAAAAAAAAUUAUGAUAUAUAAAAUAAAUUUAUAUCAUGAGGAUUAUAAUAAUAGAAAACAAAGAAAUGAAGAAAAUACAAUUCUAGAAAUUGAAGCUCAAUUAAUUGCACAGUUUAUUAACUUUUACAUUUUUGAGCAUAUAAAUAAAGUUGGUAGUAUUUUAUGUAUGAAAUUUUUUUACAAUUCUGAAAAAAAAAAAAUUUAUUUAGUUUUUGGGGGCUUAGAACAAUUUCUUUUUUCAUGGAACUUUUUAAAAUACCCCAUUAUACAAAAAAAAUGA